GCUGCAUGUUUCCUCUUUAAUAAUUCUGCGGAGGAGGCGCAGCUGUCUGUAAGGGGGGUGGCGUGUUUAGAAAUACCACCCUCUAAAUAUUCUAGUCCAAUGAUUUCCCCCACGGCGUAAUUCUACGCCGCCUUAUGGGGGGCUCACACGGCUGAAGCGACAUGCUGAUAGGACGGAGAUCUUGCCAUUUUGGGGGUUAUCCGUACUUCGCCUGGGGUCAAUGCAGUACUUAGGCCUACGUCGCCCAAGUCUCACAUCCAACUCCGUCUCAUGUGUCCGCCCUCACCGAUCAUCACCUAAAAGGUCUUGGGGAGAGCGACAGAACCGGGCCAUAUCCCAGCCACAAAUCCAACCCGCCAGAUACUCAAGCCCAGAUCCGAUCAGAUCGUAAAAUAGCCACAAUGGGCGACGGAAACAAGACCGCCGUGGCGACCACCACCGAGGUGCCGCCUCCCGCCUACCAGCCGCCGCCUCCCACCGUCACGGAUGCGCCGCCGACCCCUCGGGGCCAGCCCGAGAUUCAGCACUACGCAUCGCCGCCGGCCGAAGUCUACGGCUCGCAGCCCGGUGCGAUGCCCCCGCAGAUGCAAAUGGCCGCCAUGUCCAUGUCUUCCUCGUCGUCGCCCGCGGGACAGCACAUACAGAUGAUGCCCAUGGGCCCAGGGCAGCAGCAGCAAGCCUUUGUUGCCGGCAACUUCCACCCACAGCAACAGCAGCAGUACCAGCAAUACCCACAGCAGCAGCAGCAGCAGCAGUACCAGCACCACCAGCAGCAACAACAACCGUGGAUGGUGGGCACCCAGCAGGGCAUGGGGCCUUACGGUCCGAGACAACACCAACAGUUCCAGACAAUGCAGUCGCCAUCCCCCUACGUGAUGUCCAUGCCAUAUAACCAGCAACAGCCCCAGAUCAUCGUGGUCGGGGGCGGCCAGCCGGUGCAGCAGCAGGAGCCGAAGACGAUGGUGAUAAACAAUAAUAACAACAACAAUAAUAGCCAGAUGAUGCAACAGCAGCAGCAGCACCACCGAAACGACGAUCUUUGUGCCGGGGCGUGUUGUGGGGCUUGUUUGGCUUGUGCAUGCUGCACGAUUAUGUGAAGAGUAGGUGAAAGAGGAGGUGGGACAGUUACGAAAGCCAGUGGUGAGAGGUUCAUUGGGAUGAAAGGAGUUGGGGCGUUUAAAGUCACGUACGAUUCGAACCUAAUUUAGGAUAUCCAAGACACUGUUUUAGGGCAACAGACGUGUCGUAAUCUCAUAUAAUAUUCCCAGUACAAAUGGAACACACACCGCCUUAUUUUCAAGUUCCAGCCUCUAAGGAUAGA